AUGACUCGGUCGAUGCAUCAGGACGCCGCCGAAACUGUUUUACGGAGGACUAUGGUGCUGCUACUUUUGCUGUUGAUGUUCUCCUCGUCGUCGUUUCCAUCGGUCACCGCCGAGUGCCCUGACAAUUGCUCGUGCGAAGAAGAGCUGACUGUCUUCUGCCAUGGCCAGGGUCUGGACCGGAUACCCGUCCGCAUACCUCCGGCUACCAAAGUGCUGGGUUUGAACCGUAAUAAAAUCAGGGAUAUCGAAUCAUUAGCUUAUCUUACAGAGUUACGGUCCUUGUAUUUGAACCAGAAUGAAAUCAGGGAUAUCGAAUCAUUAGCUCAUCUGACAAAGUUACAGUUCUUGGCAUUGAGUUAUAAUAAAAUCAGAGAUAUCGAACCGAAAUCAUUUACUCAUCUUACAGAGUUAGAGACCUUAUACUUGAUCAACAAUAAUAUAAGUGAAGUGAAAAAUGGUGCAUUUUCAAACCUUUCGAAGCUUCAGUUAUUACGCUUGAGUGGAAAUAAAAUCGAAAACAUCGAGAUUGGGGUUUUUAAUAACUUAACGAGUUUGAAUGAAUUAUACUUGGAUGACAACCAAAUACAUAAGCUCGAUUUGGAAAUGUUUAAGGGACUUACAAAACUGAAUAAACUGUCCUUGGGAAACAAUAUGAUAAGCAGUAUUCCACCUGGGAUAUUCGAUUCAUUAACGUCGUUGAGUCGUUUACAGCUUAACGAUAACCCGUUGAGGUGCGAUUGCAAUAUGCUGUUGUUUGUAAACGCUGUGAAGAAAAGUUUAACUGAGGGUACUCUAGACAUCACCGGGAGAUGCGACCCGUUUUUAUCUAUAUACAUAGAAAUUUACCUAAUUUCGUUGGAGGAAAUAACCGACAAAUAUUUAAAUUGCACUCCAGAUAUAAUCGUGGUACCAGAGAACAAGACGGUGUUGGUCGGUGAACAGUUACAACUUUCGUGCAUUGCCCUAGGAGACCCGGAACCUUUUAUAACGUGGGCCAAAGACGACAUCGAUCUAGAACUUGGCCAAAGAGUUCAGCAGUACAAAAGUUCGUUAGAACAUUUUUUUUUCGCUCAAACGACUCAUAAUGACUGGUUAGAGAUUGAUAGACAACUUUUAAACAUAUUUCAAAAAGUUCAUAAAGUUCUAUUUUCUAUUUACGGCGCUAUUCAUUAUGCCGCAGAAAACGAAAUCUCUCCUCUCUCCCGGAGUGCAUUGUCGUCUUCUCAAUCUGAUGAUAUUCUCAAAGCCAUUGCUAAAUUGGAAUCUUCUCACCAACAACUUCUAAAAUUAAACCAGCAAACCAGUGCUCAACAAUCUGCUCAGUUCGAAGAACUCAAGUCAAACCUUGGUAACAUUUCAACUCAAAUAUCCGAUCUGAAAGCUGAAAACUCCAAUCUUCGUGCUGAACUAACUGCUUUGAAAAGCAAAAUACACCUACUUGAAUCUACACCAAAUACGUCCUCCUCUCAACCCCCUCUACUUGAACUCAUCCAAGAACUCUCUGAACGUGAUAAAUGUAGUUCUAAUGUAAUUGUCUAUGGUUUCACUGAAUCCACUUCACGCACGCCUCAAGAAAGAAUUGCUGAUGACACGAAAUCCGUCUCUGAUGUAUUCUCCAAUCUGUCAUUCAAAUUCCCUACUGACGCUAAACUAUUCAGGCUAGGAAAAAAUGUCACCAACACCCCUCGUCCUCUAAAAAUCAUCCUUAAUUCUAAGGCUGAAGCAGCAUGCCUUCUGUCUUCGCUUAGUGAAGCUAGAAAGAGUCAUGUUAAUCUUCCCCCCGGCAUCAAAUUUGUUCGAGAUAAAUCUAAACUCGAACGUAAGUUACUACGUCAACUUCACGAAGAGCUAGAUCAUCGCAAACAAAAUGGGGAAAUUAACUUAUCCAUAAACUACAUCAACAGAAUCCCACAAAUCAUCUCUUCCAUCUCAAAAAACCACACCAGAGGGCGUCUCUCUCACACCAGUCAACUAGCCGCUUAA